AUGAACGACAGCGACUUCACGCGAAAAAAACCACUUGCAAAAGGGCUUGAGAACUUCGGCUACUUGCCUGCUCGCAACGAUCUGCGUCGGGAACUGGAAGAAAAGGAGAAGAUAGCCUCCCGAGAAAGGCGCAAUCGUGAAGCAGCCUCUUCUAGUUCAAGCAGCAAGAGAGCAAGGAUUGAAGAGUCAUCUCACGCUGCUGUAGAUGCCGAUGAACCGCUUGAUGAGCAUGAUUCUUCUGACGAUGACUCUGAUGAAGACGACACGGCUGCCCUCAUGGCAGAGCUAGAAAGAAUAAAAAAGGAGCGCGCAGACGAGAAAGCUGCACGAGAAGAAGAAGAAAAGAAGCGAGAGGAAAAAAUUCGCAUGGAUAAUAUUCUUGCGGGCAACCCACUGCUACACCCAUCCGAUUCUGUGGCGUCAUCUGCUAAUGGUGGAGAAUUUAAAGUUAAGCGGCGAUGGGACGACGACGUCGUAUUCAAAAACUGUGCCAAA